AUGGAUACCGCAACAAACCCUUCUUCUUCUUCUGGCAAGGACAAUGACACCCAGGCCAUCACCAACCAGUCUGGCUCUGGCGUGAACAUUGCCCCCCAGACUUCUAUCAAUCCUGUCGGUUCUGGCGCGGGUACCAACCCCCAGACCACCAUCAAUCCGCUCGGUUCUGGCGUGGGCACUGUCCCCCAGACCAUCACCAACCUUCCUUUCCGCUCUGGCUGGGCCCUUCCUUCCCAGACCAACAAUCCUUUCCGUGCUGGUGGGGGCAUUGCCCCCCAUAUCAAAAUCCGUUUCCCUCCUGGCUGGAAGAGCAUCUCCCAGACCAGCAACAGCAAUUCCUCUCCCUUCGGUGGCGCAGCCGCCGCCAUUACCACCAGCUUCCGAGAGGGUCGCCCCGACACCUUCGACCCUCUCGAGCCUGAGCCCGAGGAGAACCCGGAGGGUGGUCCUCCCGAGAUCCCUACCCAUUGGUACGAGGAUGAGGACGAGCUCGCCGGGCUCUUCGGUGAUGACGACUCCGACGAUGAGGAGUCUGACGAUGAGUCCCUCGGGGACGUCACCGACGAGGAGCUGUUGCGCCCCCGAUACACGGAGGCGUACAUCCGGGCCCUCGAGGCCAGCCUCGACGAGAUCAUCGCCAUGCCAACUCCCGGCGAUGAGGAGCAGCCCCGCGAGGAGGCUGAGGCCGAGGAAGAGGAGGAGACCGCUGAUGACCCCAGCCACGGCGACGAGGACGUCGAGGCGGGUGAGGCAUAG